UAUAAAUACUAACAUUUUUUAUAAUAAAACUCUCUCACUUAUAAUAGUUUUAAAUUACAUGUGUAUAUUGUGUAUGAAUAGUUUUGAAUAAUAGUUAUUGGUCAUGGAAGAAAAGGAAAAUACAUACAGCUAUCCACCAUUAUAUGAUUGUUCAAAAGAUGACACAAACGAAGCAGGUGUUUGUAAUAAGAUACCAGAUGCUUAUGAAAAUGAAGAGUCGAGCAAAGAUAAGCUACAGCUUUCCAGUGAUAAAAACAAUAAAAUAAGUGCUCAUGGGAUUGGUGUGCUUACGGCUGGAAUAUUUAUUGUUGGUGAAGUUUGUGGUGCUGGUGUUGUUACUUUUCCUCAAGCAAUGUCUAAAACAGGAUGGCUAGGUUUACCAUUAAUGUUAGUUUUAUUAUUUGUAUGCACUUACUGUGGUGUUUUGCUUGGAUAUGCUUGGAAACGUGCCAAACACCAUCGUUUAGAGACUGAACCUAUCAGAGAUCCUUAUCCUUUCAUUGGUGAAAUUGCAUUUGGAAAAAAAGGUCGUCAUGCAGUUACAGUUUGUUUGAAUACUGUUCUAUUUUUUGGUUGCGUUAUUUAUUUAAUACUGUGUGCAGAAAUUUUGCAAAGCAUCUAUUCAUUCCAUAUUGGUCUUACUCCUGGGAUUUCAAGUCUUCGUAUUUGGCUGUUGAUAAUAUCAGUUGUGAUUAUUCCAUUUACUUGGUUGGGCACUCCAAAAGAUUUUUGGUUUGUUGGUGUUGGAGCUGCUUUUUCAACUACUUUAGCUGUUAUACUGAUUAUAACAAAAUACAUCCUAAUUCGACCAAAUGAAAUAAAUUCAGUUGAAAAAGCUCCAGUAACUACUCGUUCUUUCUCAUCUGCAUUUGGAACAAUUGUAUUUGGAUAUACUGGUGCAGGUUUGUUUCCUACUAUACAGUCAGAUAUGAAAAAUCCAACUAAGUUUGUUCAAGCUGCAUCAAUUGGUUAUGCUGGAAUAGGAUUACUUUACAUUCCUACUGCUGUUGGAGGAUUUCUUACUAUUGGCAAAGAUCUCAAUGAUAGUAUUCUAGAAACGCUUACUCAUUAUGAUCAUACACAUAAUUUGAAUCAUGGCAUAGUUGCAGCAGCAGAACUAUUAUUUGCAUCACAUUUUUUGUGUGCAUUUGUGUUAACUAUAAAUCCAUUAGUUCAACAAAUGGAACGUUUUUUCAAUGUACCCUAUGAGUUUUCAAGACAAAGAAUAUAUUUUCGAACGUUAGCUGUGCUAUUAGUAUGUGCUACGUGUGAGGUCUUUCCACAAUUUGGUCCAAUUGUUGAUUUGAUUGGUGGAUCAUUAAAUGUGUUUUUGUGUUUUUUUUUCCCUAUUUCAUUUUAUUUGAAAUUAUAUCCGGAAACAAAAUUAGGCCCAAAGUUGAUAAUGGGCUUUAUUUGUUUCAUUGCUUUGAUUGGAGGAGUUCUUGCAACAACUUUUAAUAUACUAAAUAUUAAAGAGUCUAUCAAUGAACUCUACUUUAAACAUGGUGGUCAAAAAUAGUAAACGGUCACCAAUGGUUUAUUUUCAACACGUAGCUUUUUGAAUAAUUGCAUUGUCGAGAAAUAACAGUUUUAGUUAACAGUUUUAAAUUUCUCUUUGAGUUUAAAUAAAUAAAAUAAAAAAUGAAAAA